AUAACAAAACAAAACUCUCUUCCAACCUCAGCACACUCUCUCACAGGCUUAACGGGGUCGUUUCAUUGCUUGUCCUCGCCGCCGGUUGCUGCUCUCUCAGUAGUCUCUAUCGGUAACCCUUUCACCUCAGUCUUCUCUCUAUGGUCUUUCUUUCUCACAAACGGAAUAUAGACUUGAUUUGAAGCAAGAGAGUGAACCUCAUCAGAGAGAGAGAGAGAGAGAGAGAGAGAGAGAGAGAGAGAGAUGAGCUCCAAAGAGACUUGUAGGAAUGAGCUACGAACUGCAAUUCGUCAGCUGAGUGAUCGUUGCCUCUAUGCUGCCUCCAAAUGGGCAGCAGAACAGCUGGUGGGUAUCGAGCAAGAUCCAGCAAAGUUCACACCAGCAAAUACCAGAUUCCAACGAGGAAGCUCUAGCAUUCGCCGCAGAUUCCACACCCAUGAGAGCACUUUAACACCAGCUUCCGGUGUGCUGCAUGUGUCCACUCCAGUAAUGGAGGAAGAUGAGAUAGUGGAUGGUGACAUUUACCUUUUGGCCAAAACAUAUUUUGACUGCCGAGAGUACAGAAGGGCUGCUCAUGUGCUUCAGGAUCAGAUUGGAAAGAAAUCUGUGUUCUUGCGCUGCUAUGCUCUUUAUCUGGCUGGAGAAAAGCGGAAAGAGGAAGAAAUGAUUGAACUUGAGGGGCCCUUAGGUAAGAGUGAUGCUGUUAACCAUGAACUAAUUCCUCUGGAGAGGGAGUUAUCAACACUCCGAAAGAAUGGCACAAUUGAUCCUUUUGGGUUAUACUUGUAUGGUCUUGUACUCAAAGAGAAAGGUGGUGAAAGUCUUGCUCGUACAGUUCUUGUGGAGUCUGUGAAUAACUACCCUUGGAACUGGAAUGCUUGGUCAGAGUUGCAGUCCUUAUGCACUUCAAUUGACAUUUUGAACAGCCUUAAUCUCAAUAACCAUUGGAUGAAGGACUUCUUCCUUGCUAGUGUGUACCAAGAACUAAGGAUGCAAAAUGAAGCCUUAGUGAAAUAUGAAAAUUUGCUGAGCAAUUUCAGUUUUAGUAAUUACAUUCAGGCUCAAAUUGCAAAAGCCAAAUAUAGUUUAAGGGAAUUUGAACAAGUUGAAUCAAUUUUUGAAGAGCUUCUAAGAAAUGACCCUUAUCGAGUAGAGGACAUGGAUAUGUAUUCCAAUGUGCUUUAUGCAAAAGAGUGCUUUUCUGCCCUGAGUUACCUUGCCCAUAGGGUAUUUAUGACUGAUAAAUACAGACCUGAAUCUUGUUGCAUCAUUGGCAACUACUACAGUUUAAAAGGGCAGCAUGAGAAGUCAGUUGUGUAUUUUAGGAGGGCUCUCAAAUUGAACAAAAAUUAUUUAUCUGCUUGGACGCUUAUGGGUCAUGAGUUUGUUGAGAUGAAAAAUACUGCAGCUGCUAUUGAUGCCUAUCGGCAUGCCGUAGAUAUCAAUCCAUGUGAUUAUCGAGCUUGGUAUGGAUUAGGACAAGCUUAUGAGAUGAUGGGCAUGCCAUUCUAUGCUCUUCAUUACUUCAGGAAAUCUGUUUUCUUGCAGCCAAAUGACUCUCGCUUAUGGAUUGCCAUGGCUCAAUGUUAUGAAACUGAACAGCUUCGCAUGCUUGAGGAAGCAAUCAAAUGUUACAAAGGGGCAGCGAAUUGUAAUGACAGGGAAGCAAUUGCAAUGCACCAGCUAGCAAAGCUACAUUGUGAGCUUGGACGUCUUGAAGAGGCAGCAUUUUACUACAAGAAGGAUUUGGAGAGGAUGGAAACUGAAGAGAGGGAAGGACCAAAUAUGGUUGAAGCUUUGCUUUUUCUUGCUACAUACUACAGACGCCAAAAGAGAUUUGAAGAUGCCGAGGUGUAUUGCACCAGACUUCUGGAUUACACUGGCCCGGAAAAGGAAACGGCAAAAAAUUUACUGCGAGGAAUGAGAAUAGCACAAACUAGUUCUCCUUCUCUGGAUUUUGAACACUUCACUCCUUGAAUUUUCAUGUUAUGGCAUGUGAGAUGCACGUGGUCGCCAGUAGCUUAAUGAAAUCAACAGACAAUGAGAAGCUUGGAAUGGAUCAAAGUUGGGCAUAUCUAGAAUUGUUGUGCAAAGCAUCUAGUGUUGUAGUUUUAUUGUUGAUAUCAAGAUUGUAGAUGAAUUUCUUUGCUGCAGAAUUAUUGAAUAUAGUGCCUUAGUUUUCUAGAGAACUUAUCCAUGUACUAGAUUAGAAAUCAUUGACUAUUGUGGUUAGAAACCUGUAAAAGUGCAAAUAUAAGAAUAUCUUGACCACA